UGAAAGCAGUGAGCAGUAAAUGUGCCAAACAUAUUCUUUAAACAAAACUAUUGCUUUUCUCUUCUUUCCCACGAAAACGAUAUAAUAAUAACGUUUUCAUAAAUCUUUUUAAGAAGUGAAAGAAAAUCAAAAUCAAAAUCUUCUUCCUAUAAAGUCUUCUCUCUUUCAUCUUAAUCACAACUCUUCUUUCAUCUCUAUCUCUCUUCUUGUUUUAAUGGCGACCCAAGAUUCCCAAGGGAUUAAACUCUUCGGCAAAACCAUAACACUCAACGCCAAUAAUCUCACACACACGAUCAAGAAAGAAGAGCAGCAACAACAGCCAGAGAUACAAACAAAACCAGCCGUUAGAUCGCCAUCAUCAUCAUCGGAUCUAACGGCUGAGAAGCGUCCAGACAAGAUCAUACCAUGUCCGAGAUGCAAGAGCAUGGAGACUAAGUUCUGUUACUUCAAUAACUACAACGUUAAUCAACCAAGACACUUCUGCAAAGGUUGUCAACGUUACUGGACCGCCGGUGGAGCUCUCCGGAAUGUUCCCGUCGGCGCCGGUCGUCGAAAAGCCAAACCUCCGGGUCGUGUCGGUGGGUUCGCAGAGUUGCUUGGGUCUGCUGCGACUGGAACCGUUGAUCAGGUCGAGCUUGACGCUUUGCUAGUGGAAGAGUGGAGAGCAGCGGCUUCUCACGGUGGUUUCCGGCAUGAUUUUCCGGUGAAGAGACUCCGUUGCUACACCGAUGGUCAAUCUUGUUAAUUUUCUUUUUCAUAUUAUUGGUUCUUGUUUCGGGUUUGGGUUUGGGUUUGGAUAUAGCCCAGUAGAAAGAACGUGUUAUGUUUGCUUUGAUUUGCUUACUGGUACGUACAGGCUAGCAACAGAAAUUAACUAGUUAAUUAAUUAAUUAAUUAAUUAGGAGGUCUAAGUACUUGCUUAUCUACUUAACAGCUGUCGCUUUUCUUUUUUAAUUUCUCUUGUUGAAAAAUUGUAGUUGUAAAUUGAAGCUCGUGGGAUUUUUCUGCUAUAAAGAAAAACGGUAAUGUUGACCAUAAU